AUGGUCGGUCGACAUAUCAUAGAAGGGACCGUUCCGGCGGGCGUGGACAACCUUAGAGUAUAUCUGAAGGUUUGUUACAUCUCGCAUUGUUGCGAUAUCCCGUUCGAAGACUUCGAUUUUCUGCGUGCGCAGAAUAUCAAAGGUAUCCCAGCCCACCAGAAGUUCUCAACGAUGCACGUUAGGACGAAGCUGAACAUUGGUCUAGUUGUCGAUUUAACCAAUACGCUACGCUACUACGAUCCGAAAGACUUUACCAGAAACGGUGUCGACCACGUUAAGUUAAAAGUACCGGGACGGGUUGUGCCUCCAUGGAAGUCUGUGCUACGGUUCAUUGACGUAGUCAACGGGUACCUCAAGGAUCCUAAUUAUGACGGCAAGCUGGUAGGGGUGCAUUGUACGCACGGUCUGAAUCGCACCGGUUACUUUAUAUGCGCUUACUUGAUCCUCGAGCUUGGAUACCAGCCAAUGGAAGCGAUUCGAUUGUUCAACACGAAACGUGGUCACCAGAUGGAGCGGGAAAACUACUUGAAAAGCCUAAAGGAGAUGAAACGAAUGAACCACAUUACGUCCGUAAAUCCGGCGCAGGACGACAGGUUAGUGGCCAUGCGCUAUGUUGGCGAACGGGAUCCAGCAACAAGACGCAUCGAGCAUCACCACGAACGUCCUUACCGUGAUGAAUAUCCUGUGAAUUAUCGCAAUGGGCAACAUAAUCCCAUCGACUUUCGGGACGAAUAUCGCAUGGAAGACCAUCGCUUUGAUCAUCGUUAUCGAAUUGACCAGCGUGCUGAACAUCGCACGGAAGAACAUCGCUUUGAUCAUCGUUAUCGAAUUGACCAGCGUGCGGAACAUCGCACGGAAGAACAUCGCUUUGAUCAUCAUCACGAGCGCAAUCGUAAUGACUAUCGUGUAGAACAGCGUGAGCAAUUUCGCAUGGGCCAUCGCAUGGAAGAUCAUCGUCCUGCGCAUAAAGUUAAUAACCAUCAUAGGCGGAAAUAUCGUACAAAUCAUGACGCGAAGAGCGUUCCUUCCCAUCGACGAGGGGACCAAACAAUUCAGACACAUGUUAGAUUUCCGUGAGAAAGUGAUGCAUUUCAUCUUUAAAAAAAAAACAAAUAAAAUAAAUAUAAACUCCCAUGCAUGCAACCUUCCCCCCCCCCGUCAGUCCACCGCAUGCAGUCCACUUUUUUCGGGGCGUUUAAAAACGAUGCUUUCAUAAGCGAAUACUCGCCCACACUAGCGAAAGACAACCGGUGCAGACCACAUUGGCGGUGAGAGGGCGCACGCAUGUUAAUUUCUGCCUUAAAGGCAGUUUUCACCCGCGUUCGGUACCAGGGGGAGAGGCCCUGUUAGUUCCGUGCGUGCCGUCGCAUAAUUACCAUCAGUUAUCACCCGCGAGCCGUGUCACAUGCCGGCCACAUUCCCGGCCCGAUUGCUAAUGAUGAUUUCGGCUUUUUGCGUUGUCCCACGGGGCGGCUCCGGCACAGUGCGGGCUUAAUUUUAUCGUUGUCUCUCUAAAAGUAAGCCAAACUGGGUAUGUUUUGUACAGUUGUUUGAAAGUGUUAAGGAGGAGCGAUAUUGCUGACAUUUGUAGUACAAUUUUGGCAAAAUAUAUGUCGUUUCU